AUGGUGUUUCUUGAGUUGUUUUCGAAGAAUUCCGAUAAACCUGAAAGACAUACAGCUUCUUUUAGUGCACUGCAUUUUAGCUUUGCAUUGAUUGGUCUGGAGAAAUUGAUGGAUCGGGAAUUUUCGUGCCCAUGUAACCCUGGGUUUAACAUGGUGCUGAUAAGUUUCAUCUUUCUUGGACCUGCUCUUCUAGCUCUGACUAUGAUGAUGUUCAUCCAAAGACCCUGCAGACGUUCGUCUUCUCAUUGUGCUGGGAUAUUUUUAUUUAGUCUCAUUCCAUCGGCAUUGUGGAUGUUUCUGUUGCUGUUUGAGGGUGAAUAUGUUGCGUGUGGCAUGGCACACUGGGAAGGAGAUUAUGUUUUGGAUGAAGAGCUCCAGAUUAAAUGGUGCAAACCCACUGGAGUAAGGGACGGCAAAGUGAACAGAACAGAACUGCUGGAACUGACCGAAAAAAUCGUUUUCUACUCAAGAUUUUCAGCUUUAGUUCUGCUCACAUUCCUCGCUGUUGUUGUCAUUGCUGCUGUGAGCGUUUGGGAUUGCAGAACGAGAUGUCUGGAGCAUCAGGAAAAGCAGGAUAAACCAGCACAACUAUCAGAAUCAUCCAUCUACGGUUCAGAGGUUGAACUACAGCGAGCUGCCUGA